GACGAAGUGGAAUUUGUGUAAAUAAUAAUAUAUUAAAAUGUGAAUGUGUAAUAUGUAAUGCUGUAAGUCUCGCAAAACGCACAAAACCACGAAGCAGCAAACGUUUCCUUUGUGAAUUAAACUACGUUCAACCAUUGGCCGUCGCACUUUUAACCUGUCGCGCCGCCUCCACCGCUUGCUGCCACAAAAGCAAAUCUUGCGCUUUUGAGAUAGCGGCUUUGUUGAAGCGGAGACAGGUGGCACAGAGCAUAUUCAGGACAUGCAAAGAGCAUUUCACAUUGCGGUGUGGCCUACGUUAUCUCUUCAAGAUGUCAUUGGCCGUCUCGUUACGCCGUGCGUUGCUGGUGCUACUCUCAGGAGCCAUAUUCAUACUGACAGUCUUGUAUUGGAAUCAGGGCGUGAUCAAGACACAAGCCUACAGCGAAGCACAGCCGCGGCUACACGUUCAAAGGGAUCGCAAUAUUGAUCCCAUACCGUUGGAAAAGUCAUGGACCUAUAAAUGCGACCAUGAUAGAUGUGUACGCGUUAAUUAUCACAAGAACGAAGACAACGCUAAGCGUGUCUCCUUCAUCAGCUGCUCAAUGACUUGUGGAGAUAUCAAUAUUUGGCCACAUCCCACUUCCAAGUCUCUGAUCAGUGCUCACACACUGCGCUUCUCCGUGGAGGAUGUACAUCUGCGCUUAGAUUCACCGCAUCGCGACGUGCGCAAACAGCUUAAAUUAGCUUUUGAUUGGUUUAUUAAGGAAUUGCGACAAAUACAGCGAUUGGAUUAUGCAUCGCAUACAGAUGAGAUAUCAAUGGCAGCAGCAUCAGUCAGCGAGCCCUCGUUCAGGUUGGGGCUACACAAGACAGACACAGACGUGGCAGAAUCCCCACUGGCUGGAUCGCUCUUUAGCGCCACUUUUGGAUCACAUCGCGCUGGCGAUUUGGAUAGUCUGCAGGUGAAGCUAUCAGUGCAUGGGUCAGAUCAGCUAAACUUUAAUCUGGACAAUGACGAAAGUUAUAAAUUAAGCACAACUUAUGAGCAUCGGCGUAUAUUGGUGCACAUUACAGCGCAAACAUUUUUUGGUGCACGUCACGGACUGUCUACGCUACAGCAACUCAUUUGGUAUGACGAUGAGGAGCGUCUGCUACGCACCUAUGUUAGCUCGCUGAUCAACGAUGAGCCUAAGUUUCGAUAUCGCGGCCUAAUGCUGGAUACAUCUCGGCAUUUCUUCUCCGUGGAUGCCAUUAAACGCACUAUUUCGGCGAUGGGCCUGGCCAAGUUAAAUCGCUUUCACUGGCAUAUAACAGAUGCGCAAAGUUUCCCGUAUAUUUCACGAAACUAUCCUGAACUGGCAGAGCACGGUGCCUACUCUGAGAGCGAAACAUACAGUGAACAGGAUGUGCGCGAGGUCACCGAGUUCGCCAAGAUUUUUGGCGUACAAGUACUUUUGGAAGUCGAUGCGCCUGCGCAUGCAGGAAAUGGCUGGGACUGGGGACCUAAGCGUGGCCUUGGCGAACUGUCGCUGUGCAUCAAUCAGCAGCCUUGGAGUUUUUACUGUGGCGAACCGCCUUGCGGUCAGCUGAAUCCGAAGAAUAACCACACCUACCUCAUACUGCAGCGCCUGUACGAAGAGUUUCUGAAGCUGACAGGACCCACGGAUAUAUUUCACCUAGGCGGUGAUGAAGUGAAUCUCGAUUGCUGGGCGCAGUACUUCAAUGACACGGAUCUUCGCGGCCUGUGGUGCGACUUCAUGCUACAAUCUAAUGCAAGACUGAAGCUGGCCAAUGGCAAUGAAGCGCUCAGGCACGUUGUUGUCUGGUCCAGUGCGCUGACAAACACCAAGUGUCUUCCAAACAGUCAAUUUGUGGUGCAGGUCUGGGGUGGGAGUACCUGGCAGGAAAACUACGACCUCCUGGACAAUGGCUACAAUGUUAUAUUUUCGCAUGUGGAUGCUUGGUAUUUGGAUUGUGGAUUUGGCAGCUGGCGUGCAACAGGUGAUGCCGCCUGUUCACCUUACCGCACUUGGCAGAAUGUGUACAAGCAUCGUCCUUGGGAGCGUAUGCGACUGGAUAAUAAGCGGCGAAAACAGGUGCUGGGAGGUGAGGCCUGCUUAUGGACAGAACAAGUGGACGAAAAUCAAUUGGACAAUCGAUUGUGGCCUCGCGCGGCAGCGCUGGCCGAACGCCUGUGGUCAGAUCCAAAUGAUGAUCAUGACUUUGACAUUGUACCACCAGAAGUAUUUCGACGAAUCUCAUUGUUUAGAAAUCGCCUGGUAGAGUUGGGCAUCAAAGCCGAGGCGCUGUUUCCCAAGUACUGUGUACAGAAUCCCGGCGAGUGCAUUUGAUAUUAUCUAUAAGACAAGAGGCGCAACUCCCGCCCCCACUCUGUGCGUUAAUUAGUUAAUAGUGUAAUUGUUAUUUUUUAUUAUCACAAUACAUAUUAAGCGUUAAGCGUCCACUAAACCAAUGCAAAAGAAAGCGAAAUAAGCUAACGAGGCGACUUUUUCAAAGACAUUUUGCGACCAAGUGGUUUCCGGCAGAUCAGCCAUGCGUAAUCACGAAUUUCAUUUUUUAAUUUUAAUUUAAUUUUUAUUUAAUUAUCUCAAACAUACGCACACACAUAAAACACAUACGUAAAUACCCAAACAAUAACAUAACUAGCAUUUAGGCGAUUGAGGAUGUAUUUAGUAAGAGUGACAGUGAUAGUUUUAGGUAAUAUAGGAAAUUUAUAGAUUUCAUAUACUCACAUGCACACAACAGGUAAAUACUUUGUAAGGCAUACUUAGUUUAGAGAAUUAAGGACAAGAUAAACAUGAGCAUAUAGGAUGUACUUUUGAUAAUUUUAAAGCUUUAUUCAAACAAAAACAAGAUAUUGUUUAGUAUACAUACAAGAAUAGAUUGUAUGACAGCAAAUUGUUUUGUGUUUCGUUUUGUAUUAGGAUUAUUUUAAAUUACAUUAUCAGUGAUACAAACAAUGUGACCUUAUAAAAAAAUAAAUAAAUAGGAAGCAAACAAAAAACAAAUGAAAAUUUAAAAAAUACAAAAAACUAGGGUUAAUAUACAUAUAUGUAAUCGUAACAACAAAUUUUGCACACAUUGGCACGUAAUUGACAAAAACUAGAAAACUUAUAGCUAAUUUUUUAAUAAUAAUUAUAGUAAAGCUGUCCACUGUGCAACUAAUGAACAACUCGAUCACAAUAUUCGGUACACCUUACACGACUCUAUGUGAAAUAUUUGUAAUGCCUGUUUUUAAAGCUGCACUGUGAACAAGUCUAAUCUUAAUUGACCCAAAAAAUUAUGUUUAAUAUUAUUUUGUACUUAAGAGAGAUUUUGCAACUAAAUAACAAAAAUACG